UUGCAUACCGGGCGAGUGAAUCUCAGCGCAUGCCUCAUCCCACACCAAGUGGUCUCUCGCUGCGCAGGCGCAGUGUUGCUUGCAUCCCAUAGACCGAAGUCGGCCACAGCGGGAGGCCGGGAGCUCGAGGGGGCGGCGGCCAUGGCGCUGAACAGGAACCACUCGGAGGGGGGUGGCGUGAUCGUCAAUAACAGCGAGAGCGUUUUGAUGACCUAUGACCACGUAGAAAUUACAUUCAGUGAUAUGGAACACGUGCCAGAUGCCUUCAAAGGGACCAAGAAAGGAAGUGUUUUCUUGACUCCAUUUAGAGUUAUCUUUGUGUCCAAGGGAAAGGAUCCUAUGCAGUCUUUCAUGAUGCCUUUUUAUCUGUUGAAAGAUUGUGAGAUUAAACAGCCUGUCUUUGGAGCAAAUUAUAUCAAGGGGACAGUGAAAGCAGAGACAGGAGGUGGCUGGGAAGGAUCUGUAACAUUCAAAAUGACUUUUUCAGCUGGAGGCGCUAUUGAGUUUGGACAGCGUCUGCUGCAAGUGGCGUCUCAAGCCUCUAGAGGAGAAGCUCCCAAUGGAGCUUAUGGUUAUUCCUACAUGCCGAAUGGAGCAUAUGCCUUUGCCCCACCUGCAGCCAAUGGGAUGUAUGGUCCCCCUCCAGCAGGAUACCCAUACCCACCACCACCUCCUGAGUUUUAUCCUGGUCCCCCCAUGAUGGAUGGAGCCAUGGGCUACAUGCAACCUCCACCUCCUCCUUACCCUGGUGGGCCCAUGGAGUCUUCAGCCAGUGGUCCAGAUCUUCCUUCCACUCCUGCAGCUGAAGCGAAGGCUGCAGAAGCUGCUGCCAGUGCUUAUUACAGUCCAGUCAACCCUCAUAACGUCUACAUGCCCACAGACCAGCCUCCCCCUCCUCCUUAUUUCCCACCAGAGGACAAGAAGACCCAAUAAGCCGAAAAAGAACCUCUCCACAAUGCAUUGCUUCCUUCUUUUCCAUCUGGCUGAAUCUUGGGGUGGGGUGUACAGCUUUAAGAGGCAAAGGCUUCCCUCAAGGCCGGUAGAUGAGAGACAUGCAUAAUGAGGGAAGAGAUUUAAAAUGAACUGGACUAUCACUUGCAACCCUGAGGAAGUUUCUCUCCCUGCUGUCAAAUUCCUACUCUCCCUGUGCCCAGUGAUAGCUAGAAUGUCCGAGACAGUUUCUCUUGCAUCCCUUCUCCACCAGUACAAUUAAAAUAGUCCUCUUUGGAAUGAGGUGACCAUUCUAGUUUUAAAGCUAACAGAUCUCUAACACUACAACAAGACCUGUCUUAACUGGAGAUUUUUUUCUUUAGCCCAGUGUGUCUCAUCUAGCUUUCAUCUGCUCCCUAAUUGCAGGGGGAGGCUGCAGAGGGAGCUCUGGGCGUUGGAAUGAAACUGAUUUCUAUUACAGUUUGCUCCAGUGCUUAAGAAACUUCCUUCACCAGGAACACCUGAACUCUUGCUUUACCCCCACAAAGUGCAUUGUUGCCUAUCUUGGCACAGUCAAGUUUUAUCUUUUGAGGAAAUGUUUGACUCUCCUUACAAGGCUAGUGGCACCUAACUAGUCCUUAAGUAUAUUGGAGCAUUAGAAUGUUCUGCAGUCUCUUUCACUGUAAGACAGGCAAGUGGAUCUUAGAUCACUAAAUCCUGACCAUUCCUUUUCUAGUCAUUAACGCACCUUUGUUUUAUCCUUUCCAAUAACACAGGCUGCACUUUCUGACCAGUGAAGCAUCUUACUGUCUAAUUGAUUAAGCUGUAUAGUUGAGGUGGGUGUGCAAAUAAUUUGUACACAUUCCAUCAUGGAAGGAUUUGGGAACCGAGUGUAUCAUUUUGGCUUGGGUGGAAGAGCAUUUUUUCCCUGACUUCCUGAGGUUUCUUCCUUCCCUCUCCUAAGUGGUUCUCAGUUGCAGCCUCUUCUGCUAGUAAAACCAGGGGCAUGUGGGAAGGAGUCCCACAUAGACAAGUUCAUUCUGUUUCAUUACCUUUGUAAUACUGCAGUUGUAUCCUGGAAAGGCUUGAGGGCCUGAUCCUUCUCAUUGUAUCACUGUCAAAUUCCUUACUGCUCAUUUUCCUAGGAAGGGGAUCAGAAUCUGGCCCCGCAAGGACUGUGUUUUCCAGAUUUCCUUCAACAGAAGAAAACACAAGGACUGACAUUUCUAGUCUCU